AUGGCACAAGAUAGCUCAGAUAUAAUAUUGUCCGUAUUAAUAGAUUUUGAAAUAUAUAUAACAAUAUUCAUAUUAUUAGUAUUUUUUGCAACAAAGAAAAUCAAUAAAAUAAUUGAUUCCAAUUUUUAUAAUGAUGAUAAAUUAUUUAAGAGAUUAUCAAAACAUUUUUAUAUAGCAGAAGUGUCUGCAUAUUUUAGUCCGUUAAGAUAUAUAUUUCAGAGUGCUGUAUAUCAUUCAUAUUAUUUUCUAACAAUAUUUAUAUUAAUAUAUAUUUUUAGAUUAUAUUCUAGUUAUAAGAAAUGGAUGAGACAAUAUUUUGUAUCAUAUUUUAGUUUCUCAGAUUUUUAUACAGAAGAUAUUAAUGAACCAGGAAUGGUUCCAGAAUAUGAUGGAUUAAAUGUUACAUUUAUUAUAUCAUUUGUGUUUGGAAACUUGGCUUCUUUUUAUUUUUAUAAAUAUUUAUGUAAUAUAUUUAAAAGAGAUAGUAAACGAUAUAUAGAUAUAAGAAGAACUAAUGUAUUAAAUUACUGUGUAGAAUUAGCAAAGGACGCUUAUAAUGAAUUUAUAAAAAGUCAACUUCAAAAAAAAAAAAAAAAUACCAAAAAUUCUAAAAACAAAAAAAAUAAAAAAAUACCCAAAUUUAAAUUUGAAUUAAAUGCUAACCCAGAAACGUUAAUUAUUAAUAGUGAUAUUAAUCCAUAUGAGCCAAAUGAGAAUAACGUAGGUCCUGAAAUUAAACUAAAGAAAAAAAAUAAUAUUUUAUUUAAAAUGCUUAACAUUGUUUAUAUUAAUACACAUGUAUUACAUGGAGAAAAUACAUUAUAUGAAGAACAUCCUUUAAAAAAGAAAAAGGACGUGAAAAUUGAUAUCAAGAAACUUCUUUUAAAAUUGGUAAAGAUUUUGUGGAAUUGUAUAAUGGCUUUAAGAAGGAUACAGGCAACAAAGGAUGAAAUCAAAGUGGUUGAUACAACGAAGGAAGAGUUGUCAAAUCAAAAAAAUGAUAAGGAAAAUGGAAUGGUUGAUAUGAAAAAUGAAGUGGUUGAUAUGAAAAAUGGAAAGGUUGAUAUGAAAAAUGAAGUGGUUGAUAUGAAAAAUGGAAAGGUUGAUAUGAAAAACGAAAUGGUUGAUAUGAAAAACGAAAUGGUUGAUAUGAAAAAUGAAGUGGUUGAUAUUGAAAAUGAAACGACUGAUAAAGAAAAUGGAACAACUGAUAAGGAAUAUGAGAUAAAUGAUGUGAAAGAAGAAAUGAGUGAAUCCAUAAAUAAUAUGAAUAAUAUACAUAAUAUAGAUAAUUUAAAUAAUUCAUACAAUACGAAUAGUACAACAAAUGAGGAACAUAUCUCACCAUCUAUUAAUAUAAAUGAUAUUAAAAUAAAUAAUAAUGACGAAACUGAUGAAGCAAAAUAUACACCCCUGGGUAGUACUAUUAGUAACAUUAGUAUGAAUGGUAAUGAAAAAAAUGAAGAUAAAAUGACUGAUAAAAAUAAUAUCUUGAUGAGUUCUUCAAAUGCAGAAGAAUUAAAAAAAAACCAAAAUGAUAUUAUUACUAGUAGCACUACUAAUAAUAAUAAUAAUAAUAACAAUAAUAAUAAUAACAAUAAUAAUAAUAACAAUAAUAAUAGUAACAAUAAUAACAAUAGUAAUAAUAAUAAAGCUGGUGACUUGCAAAAUGAUGUUGUAAAUAAAGAAAAUAUAACUGCUGAGACAGAAUAUACUGAUAUAAACUUAUGUGAUAUAAAAUCUAGUCAUCAUGAAGUAUUCGUAUGUAAUUCACAUUAUCAAUUCAAGAGCAUAAUUGAAAUAUUAAUGUUAAAUUUACCUAUAUAUUUUUUCUUUAAAAAUAAAUUAUAUGUUAAAACAUCAUUCACCAUAAUGUUAUAUAUUUUAAAUUUUAUUAUAUGGAAUAUUAUAACAGUCCUAUCUAUGAUUAAACCAUCAUUAUUAGUUUAUUAUUAUAUUAUAAAUGAACAUAUUUCUCAAAUAUUAACUGAAAAUAUUAAUGAGUUUGAAAAAAAAAUUAUGCUACACUUCUUUUAUGGAUUUUUUUGUUCUUCUCUUAUAUAUUUAAAAUAUUAUUUUAAAAUAGAAUUUAAAUUAAUAAGAAUUGAACAUAUAAAUAAUAUUGAUAGAAUGAUUAAUAAAUCCUUGAAUGAAGUUCAUAAAUUAAAAUUGAAAAAAAUGAUCAAAAAUUAUGAUAAAUUAAAAAUAUUCCCAUUACUUUUAGAUUACCAAAAAAAAUGUAUAUAUGUAGAAAAAACGUUAUUGAAAAAUAAUAAAGAAAUCGAAGAAUUGAAAAAACAAAGAAAAUUAAAAAACGAACAAUUGUGUUUAGAAAAUAUUAAUAAAAUAGCUCAAUAUUGUGAUAAAGAAACAGCUAAUGAAUUAUUAAACAAAAUUAAAAAUAUAUUAUUAAAUGAAUUACCUGAAAGAUUAACUAAUAACUUAACUCAAAAAUUAACAGAUGAAAUAUAUGAUAGUAUGAAAAAAGAACAUAUCUCAUCAGAAUAUAAGGAAAAUAAUAAUUUGACAUCUUUAUCUUCACCUUCAUCUUCAUUUUCUCCUCUUAAAAAAGGUUUAAUACAAAGAUUCAUUCAUGGAAGAAAGGUUAAUAAGAAUGAUGAAGAUCUAAAUAAUAAUUCAAAAGAUUAA